CUCCUUCGCUCCUUCAGCACCUCCAGUCUCUUCGCGAAAUCUCAGUGGAUUCGAUUCGGUGCUUUGAUAUUUUUAUUUUGGUUCAAUGGUCGUUAGAUUCAUAAAUAGUGCCUUUUUAUAGCUCUAUUAAUUAAUGGUGUUAGUUUAUUCGAAUAAAUAAUCCUUUUGUGAUUAGUGAUAGUGAUUAAUCUAAAACCACUAAGCUGUAAUGUAAAAUCGUAAUUUUUUUUUUAAAUGUUUUGAUUAGUGAUUCAUUUCAGUUCCUUUUCGUAAUGUAUCUAAUUUAUUUAAUUUUGUGUGAUAUACCUUUAAUACUAGCAUCAAAUAAUUAUUAUUAUGUCUCUGAAUCAUUUCUUCCUCCGGUACCAUCGGAGUUGGAGUUGGAGUUUAAAUCUUUAGUAAAUAUCGAUAGAACAAAACGAGAUGCUGGUUCGGUAGAGCAUUCAAUAAUAAGUACCACAAGUCAUCCCCCUGAAUUGCAACAUCCUCCCGUUCAUGACCUUCCCAGCAAAAAUGAUAAUACUACCAAUUCCAGUCAUCCUAAUAACGUGAUAACCAAUACUGUGUUGAAUACUACUACGACAUCGUCUACAAAUAAAAUAAAUGUUUAUAAUACUCUAAAUAAUGCGACCAAUGUUACCGCUCAACGAGCUCGAGCAUCGGCUCAGCCAGAUAUCUAUAUGCAAUCGUAUUAUAAUUACACCGGAGUUUUGCCUGAUUUAACCAACGAGGACUUGAAACAACAUAAUAUCACCAAGACUCGCGAGGAUUCGCAUAUCUAUUACAACAGUACGCGAACUGAUGAUCCGGAAAUUGGGAAGCAUUAUUGGGUUGAUAUGAAUAAUAGGCCGGACGUUACUAAUCACUCGAUGUUAUCUCAUUCGCAUAGAAGAGCCGUGACGGUGACUUUACCUUUCAAAUUCCAAUUUUACGGACACGAAAUAGAAAAUGUGACUAUUGCUACCGGCGGAUUUUUAUAUACGGGGGAUUACAUUCAUUCGUGGCUAGCUGCUACGCAGUAUAUUGCUCCAUUGAUGGCGAAUUUCGACACGAGUCUUUCAAACGAUUCAAAUAUUAAAUAUGUGUACAACAGUACUGCUUUCACCGUUCUAUGGGAAAAUGUGAGCUUACAAGAUCAACCAAAUUCUGGAAAUUUCACUUUCGAAGUUACCUUAAAAUCGAACGGAGAUAUUAUUUUCGUUUAUCAACAUAUUCCUAAUAUUACUGCCGAACUCACCGAUCAUUUUCAUCCGGUCAAAAUUGGUUUAUCCGAUGCCUACAUUAUGGAUAGGACUAUAUUUUUCGUUCGAAGGAAAACUAUUUUCGAAUACCAUAGAGUACAAUUCGAUAAGAAAGAGUUGAAGAACGGUACCGUCAUUUAUUUAAGACCACUACCCACUUGUCAGAACAAAAAUACUUGCGAAUCUUGUCUAGCUAAAGAUGUUGGGUUUGAUUGUCAAUGGUGCGAUAAUAGAUGCUCGAAUGGAUUCGAUAGACGUAGACACGAGUGGAUAAAAAAAGAAUGCGAUAAGAAACGAAUCAACGAAACUAGGUAUUGCAGUUUAGCCAAUGAAAAAAUUCCUACGCCUGGAGCUCAUAAAGCGAUGAACUAUAAUGAAGAAAUGCCCAGUAGUAGUUCGAAGAGCGUUAUAUUUUUGACAAUUGUGACGAUCGGUUGCGUUUUAUCGAUAUUGGUUUGGACAUUGUACGCGUACAGAAAUCCGCAUUCGACGUCUGGGCAGAUUUUGAUCAGGUAUCGACCAAGUCAAUGGAGCGGAUGGAGAAAAGGCGAAGCUCGUUAUACCGCGGCUACCAUUCAUAUGUGAUCUUGUAAUUUUAAUUUUAUUUCGGGGUUUAUUUCGCUAUACGUCGGUGGUGUAGUUGAACGACUAUUUUUUUUCACAUUUCAGUUUUUUUUCUUUACGAUUAAUUUUAUUUUUUUACAAAAUUAAAUCUUAUGGAAGAAAUCUACUUGUGAUGGAAAUUAUUAUCAUGUAAGUUAGAUCUGUUGAGGUAUUUUAGUUAAUAUGUAUGUUGUAUUCCCUACAUUUUUUUUUCUUCUCAAUUUCAUUUUAUUUUUGUUUCAACGUUAUUCUUCUCGUUUAAAUCUCUGGUAUGUACCUACCUAAUUCACGCAACAUGUCAGCUGAAUUGUUUUUAUUUUUAUACAUACGAACUCAUUUUUAACGAUCUUCCAAGCGAAUCAUUUUUAAUCGAAGGUUUUAAUUAUUUUUUAUCAUUUUAUUUUAAAUUUUUGUUUCCAUUGAUCACCUGACUUGAUUUUUUGUUUGUUAUACAUUGUUGUGUUGAGUAUUGGAAUGAUUUAAUAUUUUCCUAGGGAAUAUUUUUUUUUUUUUUUAAACAGAGUGUAUAUAAUUUUAGUUACUAAAAAAGUACGUUAGUUUUUAAAAAAUUAUUACGAGUUAGUGCGAAAACUGAGAGCGGUGAUUUUACGAAAAAAAUUUGAGUUAUUUUUCUAAGAUAAUGUUGUUCGAUGUUUUUAUUUAUUUGUACUUAUAUUUUCUAUUGCUGCCUGGUGCAUUACGAAAUAGAGUUUCGGUAAGAGCUUUUUUUGUUGAUCUUAUAUUUAUCUGCCUUCUUUUUCUUUGGAAUAUUGUAAAAGUUGAAAACACAUCUCGAUUUCGAGGAUGAUUUGUAUUUUUUUAAAUAUGUUGUAUUCUUUUUGUACCUGCUGCUAAUGUUAUUUUAACCUCGAGUUCACUAUAACGAGGAGAUAUGAACGAUUUUUAUGUCGAUGGAUCUUUGAUCUUGACGAAUAAGAACUGUUUUAGUUGUUACAGUCAAUUUGCAUUGAAAAAGCUGGCCAAUUUUAGCACCAUGUUCAGUAAUGAAUUUUAUUCACUGUGAUAAUCAUUAGAGUUUCCCAUCCGAUCUUUUUCAUUAAGUACGUCGGGAUCGAGAAAUUUUCAAUUUCACGUACUGUACCUAUCUACUCCGUUAUUGAUCAAUUUUUUUUCAAAUAGAUUUUGUAACAGCGUAUUGAAUUUUCAUCUUAAA